GCAGUUGAGGGGAUUGGGGGAGGGGGUGAUGAUGUCUCUUGCAGGGGUCAAGGCACCUGAGUUGCAGCUCCUGGAGGGCUGGGGCUGGCCGGGGCUGCCAUCUCACGCCACUGGGGGAGGCACAGGGAGUGACAGAGCCAUGCAGGGCCUUCUAGCACCUUCCCACGCUGAGGUGGCUUUGGGGACACAGCCCUGAGGACGCACAGGCCUGCGCCCAGCCCCCUUCUCCCCUCGCAGUGACCCAGCCUGGGCUCCGUACACGGCAGCUAUGGGCACUGUGGGGACACUCAGGCCCCAGAAGGAGUCAGAAGGUGGGGAUGGCGGGAGGCCCCCACUUCCAUGAGGUGCCUGGCCCCUGCCCCCUUCCUGGAUCUCUCUACACCCAGGCAUCUUAUCUCCCCCACACCCGGGGCUCCUGGCCCUGGAAGUCAGUUCCUCCUUUAUCAGCAGCAGCAGCCUCUGGGCGCCGUGUCAGGGUUUUGGCCCCUCUCUGUCUGCGUCUGUCUCCUCUCUCCUCCUGUCAACUUGGGGCUCUCGCGACCCGGUGCCCGUCCCCCCACCCCAUGCUCCCGUUCAUGCUCUCUUUCUCUCCAGCCUCUUUCCAGCGCCAAUCCUGGUUGCCAUGGAAACACUGCAGCGGGUACCAGGUGGUGGCUGGGGGCAGGGAGCCCGCGCUGCCGCAGCCUGCGCCAUUUCCGAUGCCAGGCACCCUCGAGGCACAGUGGCUGGGGCUCAUGUUGGGGGUGCUUGGCCUCUCCAGGCCUCGAAGGCUUCUCCUGGGCUGAUGCAAGCUGGGGAACAGGAGGGACGGACGUGGGAGUGAGAAUGUCACAUGGGAGGCAGCUGGUGGCACGAUGGGGGACAGAGUGAAAGGUGGCAAGUCAAGGUGAACCGAAGGAUGAUCAGAGCGGAGGGAGGCUGUGGACGGGGGCGGAGGCUGCAGGAAGGGGACCGUGCUGCGGGGCUAGGGAGAUUGGACCCGCUGAGGCAAGGGCACAUCGAGGAGAAGCUGCAACCAGGGCUCCCGCUGCCUCCGGGAGGGCUGGGGGCACAGCCAGCUUGAAGCCUCCCUCAGACCUUGGCCACCUGAGGACGAGGAGGAGAGGUGAGCGCAAGGGGACAGAGCCCAGAGUCCCUGUCACCAUCUCUUCUCCCCACCCAAAGCAAGAUGCAGUUUCCAUGACAACCUGGCCAGCCAGAUAGGGGGCAGGGGACUGCAGAGGAAAUUUUCCACAUCAGCAGGGAGCAAGGAGGGUGUGCUGUAGGGGAAAGGGGGGCACACAGGGCUCCCGGAACCCCCGGUCACCGUGAUCACUGUGCCGGGCCCAGGAAAGUGGACAGAGUACAGGGAAGGGUUGUCCCGCCUCCACUCCAGCAGGCCCACGCCCCCACACUGGGUCUGCGGGGCAGGGGGAACACUGAGCCCAGAGGCUCAAGGGUCAGAUGUCCAAAGAGCAGCAGCUGCCCAGGCCUCGUGCAGGGGGCAGCCAGCAGCCCAGGGAGCCGGGCCACAGACACCACACUCAGGGCCAUGGCCGACAAGGGCCCAUGGAGGGUGGGCGUGGUGGGCUACGGCCGCCUCGGCACCCUGAUCUGGUUGUGGAAGUGGCCCAUCCCAAAAUAAUCCAUGAAUCUGGGGCACAAAUCCUGCGCCAUGCCAAUCUCCUGGUGGGGUCCCCCUCAGCUCUAAGUGACCAGACCACAGAGCGGCAGCUCUUGGAGGCCUCACAGCACUGGAACCAUGCCGUGUUUGUGGCCCGAGGGGCCCUGUGGGGCACCGAGGACAUCACGAGAUUGGAUGCAGCUGGGGGCCUCCGGAGCCUUCGUGUCACCAUGGCCACACACCCCGAUGGCUUCCGGCUCGAGGGACCUCUGGCUGCAGCCCACAGCACCGGGCCUCGCACUGUGCUCUACGAAGGCCCUGUCCGUGGACUCUGCCCCUUUGCCCCCCGAAAUUCCAACACCAUGGCGGCGGCUGCCCUGGCUGCCCCCAGCCUGGGCUUCGAUGGGGUGACUGGUGUGCUUGUGGCUGAUCUCAGCCUCACGGACAUGCACGUGGUGGAUGUAGAGCUGAGCGGACACCCGGGCCCCAGGGGCCGAAGCUUUGCUGUGCACACCCACAGAGAGAACCCUGCCGAGCCAGGCGCGGUAACCGGCUCCGCCACCGUCACGGCCUUCUGGCGGAGCCUCCUGGCCUGCUGCCAGCUCCCCUCCAGGCCGGGGAUCCAUCUCUGCUGAGAAGCCUCCUCCCUCCCGAGACGAGAUCAUCUUACUGGCCUCUCACUACCACUAUCCCACCCCUGCCUUGCCCCACUUCCCCAGGAUCUCCCUUCUGACUCAGUAAAGAUCACCGCUGUCUCCCCCUGCA